AUCGACAGCGGUUGUCGCUUUCUUCAUAACAGUGGUGCAGUGUGACACUGGGCGGUGGUAGGUAGCAGGCUAUCAAACAAGGAGGCAAGAUGUCGGUACGCAGGAUCACCCAGGAGACGUUUGACGCCGCGGUCAAAGAGAACGUGGAGGAGUUCGAGAUGGAGCCCGACGAGGCCCUGAGGGAUGCUGUGGAGCAGUUUGAUUCUCAGGGCGUGGACCUCAGUUGCAUACUUAAAGCUGUACCCACUGCGUCAUCUGAUGAGAACCCAGAAGAGAAAACACAUGACGUCUUAAAGGCUUUGGAUUCUCUCCGAAUUGGAAAAGACUCUUCUGGAGUGAUGGAAUGGACAUCAGACAUAAAGUGCUUCACUGAACAGUGCUUACUUGGAUUUGCCCAGAGGUACCUAGCUGCCCAAAAAGACGCCUACCCCAUUGUCCUGGGCUACUGCAAAAAGAGUUUAGAGGAGCAAGAGGCUACGCUGGCAGCUCUCUCCGCUCUGGCUGCUCUGACAGAUGGACAGCCAGACCUGUUGGAUGCGGAGGGCAGGACAUUUCUUUUGGACACCCUUAAAAGAUACCAUGCAGAUUCCUCUGUGACACAAGUAGCCAUCUGCGUUGUGCGUCACUGCUGUUUGAAGCAUGAACAGAAUAGGCAGGAUUUGGUAAAAGGCGGACUCCUGCCACUGCUGACCACUGCCAUCACACAACAUAGAGGAUGUGCAGAGGUGUUGAAGGAGGCCUCUGCAGCUCUCAGGGUCAUGACCUUUGAUGAUGAUAUCCGAGUUGCGUUUGGGAAUGCUCAUGAACAUGCCAAGAGCAUUGUUAUUGAGAACAAGGGACUGAAUGUCUUAAUCGAUGCUGCAAAAGCUCACCCUGAUAAUUCUUCUGUUCUGGCUGAGCUCUGUUCAACCUUGUCCCGUCUGGCUGUGAGGAAUGAGUUCUGUCAAGACAUCUGUGACAUGGGAGGAUUGAAAUUCAUGAUGACGCUGCUUGCAGACAGCUACGAGACAGCGGAGUUGGUUCGGCAGGUCAUGAACGCAAUAAAAGCUGUAGCUGGAAACGACGAUGUAAAAGAUGCUGUUGUUAAUGCAGGCGGAGUCCCACUCAUUGUCAUCGCCAUGAACAGACACAUAAGCAAUCCAGCUGUGUGUGAAAGUAGCUGUGCGUGCCUCUCUGUUCUUGCUUUGCGUAAACCAGAAAACUGUCAGGCCAUCAUGGAGAAUGGAGGUGCCCUGGCUGCGGUGGAGGCCAUGAAGGCUCAUACAAAGUUCGUUAAUGUGCAGAAACAGUCUUGUAAUCUGUUGAGAAACAUGGUUUCGCGCAUGCCAAGCUACACACAACCAAUCCUGGAGAUGGGAGCGGAGGCUCUGAUUAUACAGGCAAUACAAAACCAUCAGGACUGUGGUGAUCUGGGUAAAGCAGCCCUCAGAGAUCUGGGAUGCCAGGUGGAGCUGCGAGAGCUGUGGACUGGCAAACAUGGCAGUAUUAAAGACUGAGAGAAGAGGAGAGCAUCAUUGAAAAACCCCACUCUGACAAUUAGAUUACCUGAAAUUGAUUUUUAAGAAGGAAACAUGUCAGAAUGAUGGUAUACAUAUAGUCGUUGUAGAAAAUGCUUGUGUGCAAUGCGAACAACCUAGUUAACAGUUUCACACCCAUUGCUAUUAAGAUAUAUAUAUGUAUAUAUCUUACAUUUUCUAGUCCUUUUUCUGCUUUCGAUUAAAAGGAAAAUACCAUUGUAGUCCUGAUGUACUUGUUUUGUUUGCUGUUAAUAUUUUUUUCGAAUUUAAUAAAUGCAUUAUUAAUUUUCAGAAAGUUGCGUUAGGUGUAAGCAUUACCAAACCAUGGGUAAACAAGUGUUUGCUGCCAUGCAAAUAGUUUAACUGCAUUGUUUUGGGCAGAUUGCAUUCCUAUUUUGACAGAAACUUUGAAGUGUAUUUAAUGUCUUCUAUGCGCACUAUAAAAAAACAUUUCCUUUUUUUUGGUUUUUGUUUGUUUAGGCUUUCUUACUGUGUAAAACUGAAGUCUGUGAUAUUUACACUAAUCAUUGAGGACUUUGUAUUCUGCUUGACUAUGAUAAAACUCAACCUUUACAUUA